AUGAUUAAAACUUCACCUGAAAAUCAUCGAAGUCACUACAUAUGUAAGUGUGAUACUACUACUACUACUACUACUACUACUACUACUACUACUACUACUACUACUACUACUACUACUACUACUACUACUACUACUACUACUACUACUACUACUACUACUACUACUACUACUACUACUACUACUACUACUACUACUACUACUACUACUACUACUACUACUACUACUACUACUACUACUACUACUACUACUACUACUACUACUACUACUACUACUACUACUACUACUACUACUACUACUACUACUACUACUACUACUACUACUACUACUACUACUACUACUACUACUACUACUACUACUACUACUACUACUACUACUACUACUACUACUACUACUACUACUACUACUACUACUACUACUACUACUACUACUACUACUACUACUACUACUACUACUACUACUACUACUACUACUACUACUACUACUACUACUACUACUACUACUACUACUACUACUACUACUACUACUACUACUACUACUACUACUACUACUACUACUACUACUACUACUACUACUACUACUACUACUACUACUACUACUACUACUACUACUACUACUACUACUACUACUACUACUACUACUACUACUACUACUACUACUACUACUACUACUACUACUACUACUACUACUACUACUACUACUACUACUACUACUACUACUACUACUACUACUACUACUACUACUACUACUACUACUACUACUACUACUACUACUACUACUACUACUACUACUACUACUACUACUACUACUACUACUACUACUACUACUACUACUAACUGA